AGGCAGGAUACGAGCCAGGGAGCCCGGGGAAGGAUGUGGCAGCUAUCUCAGAGCCUGUGGGUUUGGGGCAGCCACUCUGGCCUCUUCUGUGGUUCUAGAGAAUGAAGAUCCAGACAGAAAGACUUGUAAGAGAACAGGGUGGAAGCGGGUAGAUAUCAGCCAGCAGGGAAAGCAAGGAAGGGUCAGGCAUCCAGGGAGGGCUUUCCAUGAGAAAGCAUGAUAAGUACACCUGCAGGGCUCCGAGGAUCCCCUGCCAGCCUGGACGGUCCAUGCAGAGGGACUUGGGUGGGCCUCACACCCUGCAGAGGCUCCUCUCUUGGCAGGACCCCACCCUAGCCCGGGUCACAAAGGGGCUCCUCUGGGGAGGGUGGGGGUAGAUGAGAGUGAGGACUUGGAUCUGCCUGCCAGGCCAUCCUGGGCACUGCAAGAAGCAACAUGACUUAGGAACUCUGCCCAGAGGUGCACCAGCCGUGAUGCAGCAGCCUCGAGUGGAGACAGAUACCAUCGGGGCCGGAGAGGGGCCACAGCAGGCAGCGCCCUGGUCGGCCUGUUUCACACGGCAAGGCUGGGUGCACUGGUUGGCAUCCCAUGUGCCCCGGAGCUGGAUCCACUGGUGGAACACCUCGAGCUGGCGGCAACCGCUGCAGCGCCUGCUGUGGGGUCUGGAGGGGAUACUCUACCUGCUGCUGGCACUGAUGCUGUGCCAUGCGCUCUUCACCACUGGCUCCUACCUGCUGAGCUCCUUGUGGCCCGUCAUGGCUGCGGUGUGGCGCCACCUGCUGCCGGCUCUCCUGCUGCUGGUGCUCAGUGCCCUGCCUGCCCUCCUCUUCACGGCAUCCUUCCUGCUGCUCUUCUCCACGCUGCUGAGCCUCGUGGGCCUCAUCACCUCCAUGACUCACCCAGCUUACGCUCAGAACUUGGAUCAAUAGAAGGGCAACCCCAUCCAGCUGCCUGCAUCUGUUGAGCCCUGGCCUAGGGCCUGAGACCCUGACGGGAGAGGAAGGGCAACGGGACCAGGACCCCCUGGCUUGACAGGCCCCAGACCUCCAGUCCCUAACAGGAGAACCACAGACUCUAGAGAGGGUCCCAGUGACAGAAAACCUAUCAGGGAGAAGGCUGACCAGAAGCCUCAGGAGACCUCAACUCACUCGCCUUCCAGACCUUGCAGCCCAUGCAUUGUCCUCCCUAGACUUCCUUCUUCCAGCCUCAGUCCACAUUCCCAAGUCUGAGAAAUGGACCAACUGGGGUCAGAUACUCACUCUCUAAGAGUCCCAAGGUCUGUUAUGGAAAAACGAUCAAGAAGUCCCAUUUCACCCACUUACACAAUGUGUGGCCUUGGCCAAUUAAUUCAUUUGAGCCUCAGUGUUAGGUGGGCCACCCCUGUCAUGGGGUUGUUGUGAGUCAAAGGCAAUAUCUGUUUGUGAAGCAUUUUGUAAAAACCAAAAAACUAUAAGAUGCUGUUUUGAGCUCUAAGAACAUUCUGUAGGCUCAAAAAUCUUUUGACCCCAAAGUCUGCUGAAGAAAUAGGAAGCUUCUCUGGCUUUCAGAUCAAUUCUCCGUCCUAGAUAGAAUUUUGGUGCUAGAAUGGUUAACAAAAGGUUGGAUAAGUGUGGACAAGAUGUAAAAGGUCGUGUGCCAUGAAAUCUCAAAAUGUGCAGAUGUUGGAACUAUUUUAAUUGUGAAAUGCUUGGGCCUGGGGCAGGUUGCCAGGCAAUGCUUGCACAGCUCUGUGAGUGGGGAGAGCAUAGCCUCAGGGUUUCCAAAACUGACCCAGCAAGCCACCCAGGCACCAGAAGGGCCUUGGAAGGGGAAAUCCUUUGAUGCCCUGAAUGCUGUCCAUUUGUUUGCCUGCUGGCCCCUCCAACAAAACAUUGAGUGAUCGCUUAUCACCAAGUAAGGUACAUGAUAGACAACUUUAUCCACACCUGACCCCCACCCAAUCCCUGGUCAUCCCAACUUCCGCCCACUUCUGAUCCCUACUUUAUAUAUAACCCUAAAAUCCUUGCUCUUGAAGCCCCAGACCCAAGGUCCCCCUCUCUUGCCCCAUAAAUACUCAGGCCCUUGGGGCCAGCCCCUAGAACCCUGGUUCAUUUCUGCCUUAGAGUUUUUCAACCCUCCAUGCCACUCGUUAGAUGAGUUCAGCAUCAGUGCCCCAAACCCAAGGUCCAGUCCUUCCUUCCUGUUUCAUUGUAGUUCUCUCUGAAUCACGGCCUGGUAGUGAGGACGAGCUGGGACAUGGAGCUGACAUGCCUCAUGGUUAGAUGGUUUUGGUGUAUGAGCUGAGGCUGGACUUGAAUCACAGAACUCUCACUUACUACCUCCAUGGCCUUAGCAGAAAUUGCUAAACCUUGCUCAACCUCUUUCCUUAUGGGUAAAACUAAGGCAAGAACUCCUGUCUUAGGGCUUCUGGCAUGCGAGUGAAGGACCUGGGACCGCCCCUAGCACCACAAAUUAUAGCUAUGCUGUGAACAUCCCAUUUUAGAGAUGAGAAGUCAGGCCCAGGAUAGUCAUUCACCAGUGGCAAGGCAAGGCCAUCUGACUCUUACCAGGCUACUCAUGGGAAGGUGAAAAGGGCAAAGAUAAUACAAACAACUGAACUGAAGACCCCAUGGCAUCUCAAGAGCUCCUAUCAGAGCUAAAGCCCAGGUCUAGGGAGGUCAUGAGCCAAAUCAAUCUAGAUGUCUGGUGGGCUGAGGAUUCAGGGUCCCACGUAGUGAGGACAAAGACCAGGUUGCCUGGCCUGAAUCCAUUAUUGACUUGCUCAUGCAUUGCUAGCCAGGGACAUUGCUCUGGAGCCUCGGGUCCAUUCCAUUGAAGGCAGAGAGGAGUUUUGGGCCCUGAUCAUAUGCACUGGUGGAUGGGAUGUGGGCAGGAGCAAGAAGACCUUCUUCCUUUCCCCACAUAAUAUAUACAUUUUACCCUCCUGCCCAGCUGGCAUGGGGUAUGGAGGUGCAGCCAGACUGGAGAGCAGAUGGGCAAUACUCAACAAAUUAGAUCAACAUAUACCCUAGGACCCAGAACCCCAGAUUGAAUUUUCGCAAAGGUCUAUAAAAGUCUUGCUCCUCAAAAUGUGGUCCCAGAAUCAGCAACACAGGCAUCACCUGGAAGCUAGUUAGAAAUGCAGUCUCAGUCCCUGCUCUAGACCGUCUGAAUCAGAGCCUGCGUUUCUUUCCUUUUCUUCUUUUUUUUUUUUUGGAGACAGAGUCUCGCUCUGUUGUCCAGACAGGAUUGCAGUGGCAAAAUCUUGGUUCACUGCACUCUGCCUCCCAGGUUGAAGUGAUUCUCCUGCCUCAGCCUCCUGAGUAUCUGGGAUUACAGGCACCCACCAACAUGUCUGGCUAAUUUUUGUAUUUUUAGUAGAGACAGGGUUUCACCCUGUUGGCCAGGCUGAUCUUGAAUUCCUGACCUCAGGUGAUCCACCCACCUCAGCCUCCUAAAGUGCUGGGAUUACAAGAAUUAGCCACGGUGCUGGGCCAAGAGCCUGCAUUUUAACAAGAUUCCCAGGUGAUAAAUUGCACCCUGUUUGAGAAGCGAAGCAUAAGAGGGUAUUAUGAGAAUGCCUAUUGCACUGUUACUAGUGAGAGCAGGGUAGGUAAAGGGAAGGGUAAAACAAAGCAGAUGGGCCCUCUGGAAAAAAGGCAGCAUUUAGAAGGGGCAGAAGGUACGCAGACCAAUCUUAAAAUCUUAGCAUUGAAAAAGAAAUGGAAUGAGAAUUCCUUUUACACAAAUUUAAAAGGCAUUUCAGGAAAACAAGACACUUCUUGGAGAGAACACAUAAAAAUUAAAGAUAAACAGAAUGGAAUGGACAACUCUAGGGGCAGGCAAAUGGGGGUGGGGUGUAGGGAUAGCAGGCAGUAAAGCCAGACAGAGACUUUGCAGAGGCAAAACGUGAUACUGUCAACUUCAUUCCUGAAAUUCCUUUAAAAGGAGAAAAACUUGUCCAUUUAGAGUUAAAGGCCUUAAAAAUACAAGUCUGUGGAGAAUGUGCAUGUUGAAAUGAUGGAGUUCUAAGCCAUUCUGGUUUGAGCCAAGAAGGGCGAGCCUUCCUAUUGGCCUGUGUGUGACCUGGCCUGCUGGGUGGACGUCUUUGCCUGCCCUCCCACACCGCACCCUGCAGCCCGCUCUCCUGGGACUGGACUGUGGGCCCGGAAUCCAGCAACCACUUCAGCCUGGCCGGAAAAAUAAGGUCAAGGAGAGCAUAAGGAACCAGAGCGGAGGCGGUGACAGCGAGAGGAGCCUUGCGUCUAAGGAGAGAGGGGAUCCACAGCGGUCCAUACUUGUGCUGGAGGAUGGGUGGGAGUGCGCAAUAGGGUUUCUCUCCUCCCCAAGGAACAGGGAAGGCGACAUCAGGGGGCGCAAGCUGCUGAGGGGCCCCUUCAAGAGAUGGAGCGUCAGUAACCACUCACGGAAGGAGAGGGGUCCCGGAAAGAAGGAAGCCGUGCUACACCCAGGAACCUCCAAGAGCCAGCUGCGGGAAACCGCGAGGGCGGUGCAGGCCUUCAGACUCGCGGGUGCAGAGAAACGGGGAAGCGAGGAGAGCCUGAGCGAAACUGGGGGUCGGGGGAGCGGCAGCCGGCCACGGGGAAGGAAGGAGGGAGGAGAAGGUCGUCAGGGAGGGGAAGGACGCCUGUGCAGCGCGCGCUAGACGCCCAAGGCCCGAGGGCAGGGACAGGGACACUGAGGCCACGGUCACGGACGCGCUGGGAGGUAAGGGACCACUUCGGGCAGGGCGCAUGGAGAAGACCAGUAGUUGGUCAAGUAGCAGCUACUCUGAGGCAGGGGAAGGCGCAGUGGGUGAUCCCCUGCCGUGGGGACCGCGCGAGGACACUGGAGGCCGGCCGCGGGGUGCGGAGCACCGAGGGCACUGCUCUCCCCAGGCCCAGGCGCCCGAAUAGGGGAGAGGGCGACGGCUGGAGGGGGCCGAGGCCGGAGCGAUGCCCUUCGGGCAGAGCGGACAGACGAGGGUCUGAGGCUGGGAGAGAAGGCCCAAGCCUGGCCCGGGUGAGAGGGCCGUGGGCAUCCACACCGGGAAUGUGCUGGCGGCCCUGAAGCGUCAUGUCCCCGAACUCCCGCGCGCGGACUGGGGACCGACGGCCCAGGGCGAGCCCUCUGGCUCUGGCAACGAGGGGGAGGGUUUGGCGGGGGUGGGAGGUAGGAAGGGACGUGGGGGAGGGGUGUCCCACAGGCUAAGACAACAACGCUCGGGGAGAUCGGGAGGGUAAGAAGAGAAAUCUCAGGCCCACUGUCAUCACAGUGACAGCUUCGUUGACUCACCCGUUGCCCCAAAUCUCCGGCCUGUCCCCACUCCCCCUCACCAGAGACCCAGAGGCAACGACAGCAGAGUUCCUGAGAACCCUGGAGAAGGAACAGCCCGAUACAGCCGAUACAGCCGAUACAGCCGACUGAGCUGGGACUCCGACUCCUGGCACAGCUCCAGCUUGAUAUUAUCCAAUGCCCCUGAGGUAAACAGCUGGCAUUUGUGAGGAUCCAACAGGGUCUGAUUGCAGCCACCUUUGGACAAGUUUUUUCGUUUGUUUUUUCUGCUGAGCAUUUUCAUCUAUAUUCUGGAGCUCAUAUUUGCAUUCUUUGUACUGAUUUUGUUACCGACCCUCAACUCAGGGGGUCUGUGAUCCCAGUGGUUUUUUUUUCCCAGCUUGACGUGGUUCAUGCCAAUGGAAUGAGACCAGGUUCAGUUAAGCAGAGCAGAAACUUUAUUGUUGACAAGGAAUGGAGAAGAGGAGCUUGUGCUCAAAGCAUCUUCUUGGGGAGUUGGGGGUAGGGUGAAAGGGGUUUGUAAGAUGUCUAAGUGCAGGUAAGUAGAGACUGAGGGCAGGGAUUCCUGGAAGGUAGGGCUUUCCAAGGAGAACUGGAUUGUGUCAGUCUCUACUUCACCCCAGCCCUAUAUGUGCCCUGGCAAGGUGCACCUCUACCCUCCACCUGCAUGGAGAUUUCAAUAUGGUAAUGAGGCAAGGAUUAAGGGUAGCACUGCUGAGUUCUCUUCUCAUUUUGUGGCUCCUUUGUGGUUACUGGCUUCCAGCCUCCGUUUUUGGAAGCAAGCACAGCUAUGUACACAGGUUAAUUUCACAGGUUUUGGGGCUUGCUGAAAGACUUGGGUCACUCUGAGGUGACAAUUCCCUACCUUGAAAUUAUUUUCCAGCUUAAAAGAACUUGAUUUAAUAUCUGUUCGUUCUAUCAUAUUUUCCAGAUUGUGUCUUCAAAUGUCUUACCUCCAAAAUACCAGGUUUUUAAAAAUUAAUAGAUGAUAUCGUAUCCUGGUAAAAUAUUUGUAACAUGUAUGAAAGUUAUGAACCUGUCUAAACUGAGAGACCACAUUAAUCUAAAAGACAGAUGUUAUCAGGCUAGGGCCUCUUCCUGUGUGCUCCUCAUCUUACGGUGCAAGCUGGGAUUCCCAGACAAAGGCACAUAGAACUGCUGCUGGCAGAUAUCUUUGACUUGACAUUGAUUUGAAAGGAACUGCUUGCUUCUGAGUUUCCACCAUUAAGAAUUAUGUAGAUUGUUGUAGAUUUCUGGUAGCUAACUUUUAUCCAGUUAAAGAAAUUCCUUUCAAGACCUAGUUUACUAACAAUUUUGGUCAAGAAUGGAUGUUGAAUUAUAAAAUUGUUUUUUCUAUAUCUAUUAUGAGGACUAAUCUACUGUAUUGUUUAUUCAGUGAAUUACAUUUUUGAUUCUUUUACUGAACUGCUUCUUUUUUUUGAGAUGGAGUUUCGUUCUUGUUACCCAGGCUGGAGUGCAAUGGUGCGAUCUCGGCUCACCGCAACCUCCGCCUCCUGGGUUCAGGCAAUUCUCCUGCCUCAGCCUCCUGAGUAGCUGGGAUUACAGGCACGCGCCACCAUGCCCAGCUAAUUUUUUGUAUCUUUAGUAGAGACGGGGUUUUACCAUGUUGACCUGGAUGGUCUUGAUCUCUUGACCUCGUGAUCCACCCGCCUCGGCCUCCCAAAGUGCUGGGAUUACAGGCUUAAGCCACCGCACCCGGCCUACUGAACUGCUUUUAUGGCUGUUUUAUUUGUUUGAGAUGGAGUCUCUCUCUGUCACCCAGGCUGGAGUACAGUGAUGUGAUCUCAGCUCACCACAACCUCUGCCUCCUGAUUUCAAGUGGUUCUCCUGCCUCAGCCUCCCAAGUAGUUGGGAAUACAGGCACCCAUCACCAUGCCUGGCUAAUAUUUUGUAUUUUGUUGUUGUAGAGAUGGGGUUUUGCUAUGUUGCACAGGCUGAUUUCAAACCGCAGAACUCAAGCAAUCCACCUGCUUGGGCUUCCCAAAGUGCUGGGAUUAUAGGUGUGAGCCAUGGUGGUUGGCCAGUUUGUUCUUUUUUAUUAGAGUGUACUAUCCCAUUGUACAAAAGGACAAUAAUUUAUCCAUUCUCUUGUUGAUGAACAUUUGGAUUAUUUCCAGCUUUUAGCUGUCAAUAAAACAUGUUUGAAUAAUUUUAA